AUGCCAUCUCAUCCGGAAGACAGUAAUUCUCCCAAGCCUAUGAGACGUUUACGUGGUUAUGAGACGAUAACUCAGGAAUCCUCUCCAGAUGAGCCGCGUGAUAGCCACUCUCUAAGAACCAGUGAAACACUGGGGUCGCAAGAGGCCAAUUCUCGGUCUUCGAUUCCGGCUGUUGUCAAUGAUCAGCAAUCCAUCCAAGACUCCGUCGAAGGCCACACUCAAGCUGCGAAACUUGAUUCUGAUAGUGGAGGCGAGGUCUCCUCUGAAUUUCCGCGGCUUUCGGAAUUGCUCCAAGUUCUCCCGCUCGAGCAGAGCGAGACUGUCACCGGUUCGCUGGGCGAUUGUUUCGAGUCGGAAACUUCAGCUAAACGGGCAUCGUCGCUGCCGGAUGCCUCAAGCACAUCUUUGGGAGUGCUCGACGGAGUGCUCAAGGCUUUUGAAGAUUCUCCGCCUCUUCCAGUGCCACUUUUGGAUUUACCGCCGGAACCAGAACUCUCACCGAAAUCACAGCAGCUACUGGAGAUGCCACUUGACGAACCAGUCUUUCCUGCUUCAGCUGCUAACCUCUCGCGGCUGCGAGUCCCUUCAAUUUCACGCCCGCAGCGAUUGUCUGUUCCCCAGCGUGGGGGAGAUCGUGAGAAGACUCCACGAGCGCAAUGGCUGUCGCCUCUACAAGACGAGUCCGACUGUUCGACACCUAUGCAAGGACCGUCCGAACGCACACCUAUCGGGCCUCUUCGGCUGCCACCUUGGUCGCCUCCUCGUGCUUACGGAGGAACUUCGUCGGAGAAGAAGGCCACUCCUUAG